AUGACCAACGGCUCGCAGUCGGCUGGCCCUACUGCUGCGGUUGCUACUGUGUCUGGAGAUGGUAGUAUAGACUCACAAGGACCACAUAGCGCAGGCGCUAACACGAUCGAUAUUGACCUGAAGGACGAGGAGAGUGAUACAGAACAAGUCACAAAGUCGUUUGGCGUCAUGAAGGUUGACAACCAAAGCCAGAGAUCGUACUAUGUGUCUGAGGCGCAUUGGUCGACGAUCCUGAAUGAUAUUUCGGAAGUCAAACAGUUCUGGGUCACCCAUAAGAAGCAGUAUGAAGAGCAGGCUGUGAAAGUCCAAGCAGCAAAGCAGACGCAGGACCUGAAGGGCUCUGCUUUGAUAUUUGGCGCAAUGUCAAUGCCGACCGAAGGGGAGAUCAUGGCAUCUUUCCCUUCAAAAUAUACUGCUGAUAUGCUUCUCCAGCGCUUCUUCUCCAGCCACGACCCUUCCAUCACGCUUGUCCAUGGCCCGACCUUUUGGAAAGAGUACGAGGCGCACUGGCAGAAUCCUUCUAAAACGAACAUGGUCUGGAUAGCAAUGGUCUUUGCAAUGCUUCGAAUGGCAAUGUUAUCUUACCAUCGAGAUCGAGAUGAGCCUCCAGAGUUCCGAGGAAAAUCAUUAGAUAUAGCGAAAACAUACCGAUUAGCAAUGGCACAAGGCCUGGUGUUUUCAGAUUUCACAAAGCCUCAUCGAUAUCUAAUCGAAACUUUGGCGUUCCAUCUACAAGCAGAGUAUUCGCAAAGUUGCGAAUCAGAGACCUCGGUCUGGAUCCUUGUUGGAAUGAUUGUCCGCCUAGGAAUGCGAAUGGGUUACCAUCGUGAUUCCAAGAUGUUCCCGAACAUCUCGAUAUUCCAAGGGGAAAUGCGACGAAGGCUUUGGACCUGGGUUCGACAGGCAGAUCUACUAUUUUCCUUUGAGGCGGGCCUUCCUAGUAUGAUUCGGACUGGCGAUGCUGACACCGAGUUCCCUCGAUGCAUAUAUGAUGAAGACUUUGAUGAGGACUGCAAAGAACUGCCACCCGAGAGGCCAGCUGACCAGCCGACUCCCGUUACAUAUACCGUUGUUCAAGCUAGGCUCUCUACGGUUUUUGGACGUGUAUUAGAGCAAUCACAGAAAUUCCGAGGGUGUGCUUACGAGGAAGUUCUAGAGUUAGACAGGGAACUUCGUCGAGUCCGCGACAUGAUACCAGAGUGGUUGCAGCUGAAGCCUAUUCCGGAAUGUUCCCAUGAGCCGGCUACUAAAAUAAUGAAUAGAUUCGGGAUUGAAAGUAUUUACCACAAAGCACAAUGCGUUCUACAUCGUCCUUAUUACACAAAAGCACGUGAAAAUCCACGGUAUACGCUGUCGCGUCGAGCCUGCGUUGACAGCUCCUUGGAGCUUUUACGAUUUCAAGCAAUGUUACAUGCUGAAAAGAUAUCAGACGGAAGAAUACGAUACCCCAGGUGGUAUACCACACCCCUUACUUCUCACGAUUUCCUGUUAGCCAGCACAAUCCUUGCCCUUGAUUUAUACCAGUUAGCUGCAACCAGGCGACAAGGCGAGAGUCCAUAUGAUUGGGGAGGCGGAAUGCAGGACGAAAUGCUUGCUAGCCUUCGACAUUCCUACAUGAUAUGGAACGAGCAGAAAGAUGAAUCCAUGGAUGCAUGGAAGGCGUCCUCUGUGCUAGGAUUGCUGCUGGAAAGGUUGAGUCACGGACCAGAAACUAGAGACCCGCCGUCUAUCGAACGGACCUUUGACCCCCAGGACGAAAAACAGAGCGCUGCGAUGACUCUUGGCCUGCUAAGUAGUGGACUCACGCCACUUGGACCUACAAGUCCGCCGCAGUUCACGGACUCUAUGCUAGGAAUCGAUCGUUCAACGGGGCCUCCACCAGGGGGCCUUCCAUCUGGUAUCGACCAAGCAGGAGCUCCAAACUCGCCGUUUGGCAUGUUUGGACAGAUGCCUGACAUGCAGCCGUUUAACCUCGACUGGGACGCAUGGGAUAACUAUAUACAAUCUGCUUCCCUGGACCCAACCAGCCAAAACUGGGCAGAGUUAUCCCAACGGCAGGAAUUCCAGCAAUCACAUCAACCGCAAACUUCCGCUGAAAACGAACAAAAUAUGUCGGCUAGCAGACCGCCAGCAUACCAACCGCAGAACGGCACAUAUGACGGCAACGGCAACCCUUCCACUCAUUCCUCAUAUAUGGACGGCAAUAGUUAUCAAAGUGGCGACCAGGGCUCCUAG